UUAAACUAAAUUUAAGCUGUUCUUUCCGUUAAGCACUCACACGUACGCAUGCUGCUGUCAACUUUAAAUUUGUUGGUCGAUCUGAUAUCACAUUUAGUCGGAAGACCUUUUCGUGGAAUGCUUUAUGCAUUGUUGUUCUUAAUUUACGGGAAUUUCUAAUUGAUAACAUAUUAAGCUGCAAUUGACUAACAGUUAUUAUAUGCAUAUUUAAAGUACGUAUUCUUCUCUAUCCCCGAUUCUUGAAAUUCCGAAUAUUUAUACAGUCUUCAGUUGUACUGCUUAGUUGACUUAUCGCAAACAUAUAAUUAAUAAGACUACAGACGCUCACAAACAUAUUCCAUUAGCAGUAUAAAUACGGGAUGCUUUCGGCACAAGCAAUUAGUUUGUCAGAAACACUGGUCGCAACAUUUAAAUAUUUGCUCCGAUAAGACAGUGUGAAAUAUAAGGAUAUAUAAAAGCAACAACAGCAACAAAAAUGGCGCGUUUACACAUCUCUGUUAUAGCGUUAUUGUUCAUCUCGCUUGUUGUUGCCACCCACGCACAGAGUGGUAUCUUCAACAUACCUCAUCUGUUGGAAAGUGCGGGGGCUAUUGUGAAGGGCGCCAUAAAGGAUGGUCGCAGUUACAUACCAACUCCCGAAGGUAUUUUCGAGUCCAGUAAAAAUCUACUGGCCGGUUAUCCAUUGGAAGUGGUCUCUUCGGCAAUAAAUACGAUUUGUUCUUCGGGACUCGCAACUAGAACGAUGAGAUCGCUUGUGAAACCAGAUUUGCGGAAAAUGCAGUUUCAGUUACGCACAACGUGCAAUAAACACAGUUAUCCGCUGUUGGAUGCUAAUCAAAUAUGGCGCAGUCCCGAAUUCGAUCCGUCGAAGAAGGUGGUCAUACUGGUUACCGGUUGGACUACAACUGUUAACGACACAGAUACGAUCGAUGUGUUGGCCAAGGCGUAUAACUGUCGUGGUGAUGUGAAUUUUGUGGCUGUCGAUGUAGGCAACUACGUGAAUAGUCUUUACACUUGGGCUGCAAUGAACACCGAGGAUAUUGGCAAGAGUCUUGCCGAAGGCAUCGAUUUACUAACUCAAGUAGUACCGUUGGAAAAUAUACAUCUCAUUGGCCACAGUCUGGGUGCGCACAUCGUCGGCACCGCCGGACGUUACUUUAAUUACAAAACCGGCAAGCUUGUGCCACGUAUUACCGGUUUGGAUACAGCGAAACCCUGUUUCAACGAAGGUCACGCGCUCUCAGGUCUACAUCGUGGUAACGCCAAGUUUAUCGAUGUAAUUCAUUCGAACCCCGGUGUAAUGGGUAAACGUGAAGCCUUGGGUGAUGUAGAUUUCUAUCCGGGCGGUUUGGAUCCUCUGCCAAAGGGUUGUCUGACCGUGCUUUGUGCACAUGCCCGCUCAUGGGAAUAUUAUGCGGAAUCUGUUUAUCCAGGCAAUGAACGAGAAGAAAGAGCUGACCUGCUUGGGCGAGUCUUUAAUCGGCAGGUCUAUCCACGUACUUACUUGCUUGCGUGA